GAUUGGCUGAGCUGGGUGGUCAGCUGAAAGCAUAGAAGGCUAUAUAUUACCCACAAUAAGGCACUUUUUUCGCUCGGCGCCGUUAAUACUGAGUGAAUGUGCGUGUGUUGGGAUGGUAUGUAUGGGGUAGUGUGAUUUUUUUAAAUUUUUUAUUUUUGUAGAGAAAAGGGAACUUAACCCACAACCAAGUAUUUAUAAUUACAAUCAAAGCACUUUACAAAAAGUAACUUAACCCCAAAAUCAUGGUUGCAACAAGCACAAUGAAAAGCAAGAACCCAGAGUGUAUUGCAGAGCUUCUUGACCGGAGGUUGGACCAAGCGCAAGUAGAUGAAGAACUGGACUACUGGGAUCAUGGUCUUAUUGAGCCUAAUUUGAAUGAGGGUGUAUUUGAAGAACGAACAUGCCAACAUUUAGCCAAAAUGUUUGAGAACAGCCUGUCUCGAGCAAAGACAACCAAACUACACUGCACUGAGCUGCUAGUUCCAGAGAAACUCACUCGUCGAAUUGCUCGGGAUGUACUGAGACUUUCUUCAGGUGAACCCUGUGGACUGAGAGGUUGCAUCUUGUAUGUGAACUUGGAGGUGGAAAACAUGUGUAAAAAGCUUGACCGGAUAAUCUAUGACUCAACUGUAGUGCCUACAUUUGAACUGACCCUUGUGUUCAAACAAGAUGGGAGUGUGUGGCCAAGCCUUAGAGACUUCUUUCUCAUUGGGGCAUGUUUUACUCCUGGGUUCAGGCAUGCAGUGAAGCUUAGUCCUGGAUUUAGGCUAAUAAAAAGAAAACUUUAUUCCUCAUCGGCUGGUACCGUUAUAGAGGAGUACUGAAAUCUAGCACUUCUGGUUAACCAUAUGAAUGUAAAGGCUGCCUGUCAUAUGCAGGUGGUCGCAAAAGUGUUUUUUGUAUGGGGUUGGGUAUUGCUGGGGAUCGGACAAAUUUAUAGCUAGUGUCACUUUAAGGAGCUGUUAACUAACUUGUACCCUACAGGUUUCUACGAUUAAUUAUAAAAGAAUAGUUUGGCAGCUCUUCUAUUGUACUUGAUGUAAGAGUAUGCACACACCCCUUGUUUUUCUUUCAGUACAGUGUUCAAAAUCUGCAAGGGUUAUUAGCUUAGUUUUUAUUUGCAGUUAAGUUUGCAUGGGGUGGAUGAUCUUAAUUGCAUUUCAUUUCUGAAAAGGGAUAGGUUUUUCCAUAUUAAAAUCCUAAUCUUGAUAAGUCUUAAAAUGGUCUUUCAUCUACUCUUUCCACUAAAGUUGGUGGAGAAGGUGAUCUCUUCUGUGUAAACCAUAGAAUGAAGCACAUUAAAUGUCCUGCUCACAGCUAAAAAUCCAUUUUUGUGCUUCCUCUGGGUUUAUUCAGACUACACACAUUUUACACAAGACCUUUUCUCCCCAGUUUAACAUCUGCCUCUGUCCCUCCUUUUUUCCCCUCCCCCCUUCUCCUUUAUUGUACUGGCAAACCUUAUUUUUAACAUGUGUUCAUAUCACAUUGGUAAUCGUGUGUACAUUUGUUUAAAGAGUGCCUUUCUUUUAGUGUGUAUCAUGUCUGGGGUGUUUUUGUUGCAUAGAAAGUUGUCAUUUAAAGGCUGUUUUUUUGCACUUCAUGGGGAAAUUUUAAUGUUGGAUAUUAUUGCACUAUCAAAGCACAUUGUUCAUUGAGAGAUGCCACUGACAUGCAUAUAGUUCAUUGAAUAAUGUAUGUGUUUUUGCAGUAUGUAGAUUGCACCAUUUUUACUGUUGUGGCGUUGUCAGUUUGGCUGCUGGGGUACAUUUUUACUUCAAGAUUCCCAUUCAUGGAAAAGCAUAUGUCUUUUUGACAAUAAAUUUUUUUUUUUUUUUUUUUUAA